AUGCAGAGCCUUGGCAAGGAGAACCACACCUCUGUGUCUGAGUUCAUCCUCCUGGGGUUCUCCAGUGAGUCACAGGUCAGAAUAGCCCUGUUCUCCUUCUUCCUUCUCCUCUACCUCAUCACUCUUCUGGGAAAUGGACUCAUCGUCACCCUGAUCUACCUAGACUCACACCUCCACACACCCAUGUACUUCUUUCUCAGUGUCCUCUCCUUGGUGGACAUGAGUUAUGUCACUACCACCGUGACCCAGAUGUUGGUUAAUAUGGUGUGUCCAAAGAAAACCAUCUCCUGGGGGGCUUGUGCAGCCCAGAUGUUUAUCUUCUUGGUCCUGGGCAUUGCUGAGUGUGUCCUCUAUGCCAUUAUGGCCUAUGACAGGUAUGUGGCCAUUUGCUUCCCCCUUCAUUAUCCCCUACUCAUGAGCCGUCCUAUUUGUAUCAAGAUGGUCACAGGCUGUUGGUCCAUUAGCAUAGCUGCCCUGAUCUACACCAUCUUCACCAUGCAUCUGCCUUAUUGUGGCCCCCACAAGAUAAACCACUUCUUCUGUGAGAUCCCUGCCGUCCUGAAAUUGGCUUGUGCAGAUACUUCCUUCAAUGACCGUUUGGAUUUCAUCUUGGGUUUCAUCCUGCUCUUGGUCCCGUUCUCCCUCAUCCUGGCCUCCUGUGUCCGAAUCUUUGCCUCCAUCUUAAGAAUCCAUUCAUCCCAGGGGAGGCUCAAGUCUUUCUCCACAUGUGCUUCCCACAUCACUGUGGUCAUCAUGUUCUAUGGGCCAGCCAUGAUCAUAUACAUGAGGCCCGGCUCCUGGUAUGACCCAGAGCGGGACAAGAAACUAGCCCUGUUCUACAACGUUGUCUCCGCCUUCCUCAACCCCAUCAUCUACAGCUUCUGGAACAAAGAUGUUAAAAGAGCCUUCCUGAAUGUACUUGGUAACAGAAGAACUGCUCAGUGA